AUGAGGUGGCGUAAAGAGCGAAAAGCUGGAAGGCAAAUGUGAAUUGUUCGUGCAUUGUUCGAUAAUUUCCGACCAGCUGAUUAUGCUAGAUUAGUGCAUAUAUCUUCCGUGCGUUACUAAGUGCAAGUGUAACCGGUAGGCUCUCAUAAACUGCACGCCACUCGUGCAACGUGUGGUGUUAUCAGGAGACGAUCGCGACAACAAAACGCGGAACGAAUUACCUCAGCGUACCUCUCCUUCAAGUCAUAUCCGAUUCGAACGACGACGGUGAAGCAAACAUCAUGCUCCGACUGGCGGUUACAUCACGGCAGCUCUGCCAACAACUCAUCCGGACGGAAGUGGCAAUUGGGUUUCCUAGCCUGGGACAUUCCUCAACCAAGAUUUCCGCGUUCGCCAGCGCCAGACGGAUGGCACACACGCACGGGAUUAACAGUGCAAGAUCGUUGUCCACAUCACAGCCAAAGCUGCAAAGUGAAGAGGUGGAAGUAACCUUCGUUCGAGCGAAUGGCGAACGAGUGAAGGCAAAGGGCAAGGUUGGAGACUCGCUGCUGGACGUUAUUGUCAACAACAAUAUCGACUUUGAAGGGUUCGGUGCGUGCGAAGGCACCCUAACGUGUUCCACCUGCCAUCUAAUCUUCGCGAAACCGGACUACGACCGGUUGCCGGAAAAACCAAGCGACGAGGAGCUGGAUAUGCUGGAUUUAGCCUAUGAACUGACCGACACAUCGCGUCUCGGUUGUCAAAUCACGCUCUCGAAAGAGCUGCAGGGGCUGGAAGUUCGCGUACCAGCCACAAUCAAUGAUGCCCGAAGUUAAUUUUUGCAGCUGUUUGCUUCCGAGUCGCCUUCUGUGCAAUUGAACAAAGCCAGGAACAAACGCACACAGCUUGGGACCUUCGGUUUAGGUCAGUUUUUGUUUUCAUUUCAUGCUAGUUCAAAGGCGCCUCUGCGUACCAAUUAGUCUUAUUUUUCAUUCGAUACAUGUUCCUUCCAGUUGUAAAUAUGACCAGCAAUGCCAACAGUUUGACCUCCGUUCCAUGUUAUAUGGUUAGUUUUAUAAUGUACCAAACCGAUUAAAUCGAGCCGUAUGCGAUAAAUAAUUCACGAGGUGCUUGAUCCACGCACGUAUGUUUUAUUCAUCUAAAUCUUUAGUGUUGCUCAUCCCAUCCCCGAUGCAACGUUGUUGUUUAAGAUGCAGUAUUUGUUAAAUGUUUAUUCGAUCGAGGUUCUAUGUGGAAACGAAACAGAACAAACGGCUUACCAGGUGUACCGUGCACGAAAUCACGAAAGGAAAAAGCAAUCAAACGCAUAGAAUAUCUGGGAUACAUGUUCAGUGCGCCUUAAUAAAGGGUGUUACAAUACAUGCAAACACAGAUUAAAUUGUGCUGUAAAUAAAACAUUACGCAAAAAUUGCAAAUUAUUGUGCAAAGGGAAACAAUGUGAAACAUUCAGCGGAAUAGCUUUUAUUUGGGUAGACAAAAUAAAGUUGUUAAAA